AGCUCCCAUUGCUUGCCUGCAAAAGUCUCAUGCGCCUAUAUUUUUGUCCCUUGAAACUGUGGAAAUGGCUGGGGUUUCCACAUUGUCUUCUUUCUACACAUGACCAUGAGCAUGUGGCUCAGUAAGGCUACCCAGAAUCUUGACCCCAGAGAAGACUCCAGUCUCAUUGGGAAGGGAAGCUUGAUUCGGGGUUCGGAGAGUCACACCUCUGGCUCCACUCUCGGAUCUUUGCCCUGAGGGUCUGUGGGAGUCAGUCUAUGGCCCUUUUCUGGUCUUCCAGCAACCCUGGGCUUCCCUCCCAUCUCAGAAUUAAUUGCCUCAGUUUCUCCAGCUGUUCCUGCCCUUCUGCUUUAUCUUCUCCACCACCGGAGCUUGAAUUGAGUUGGUCCCUGAUUUCUCUGAGACCACCUGUUUUGGUCUCUCUCCCCCUGGCCUGUGGGUUUUCCCUUAAAAGGGUACAGUCCCUCCCAGGUGGGCCUUGAGCUGAACUUCACCUUUUUUAGAGGCAAGAAGGGAAAAGGUAUGAUCACUUACAGAACUUCCCUUGCUGUGGGAGGCAGCAGGAGUGUGGGAGGCCCUGGUCCCUCAGGAUUGCCUGGCUCCCCAGGGCUGAGCAGAUGGCGUGGAGGCGGCAAGGGCUGGGAGUGCCCUAGUUUUUCCAUUAUCUCACUGGGGACAACUACUGUGCAGAUAGUAUCAGACUGUUGCAUCUCCCUCCUUUGGUCCUCAGACCUGAAUUCACUUAGGCACAGGGCACUGUUUUUUUUGCCUUGUCCUUUUCUUUCAAUCUCCUUGCUUUUAGGCAGAAAGGAAUCUUAUUCCUUUAACACAGAAGGGACGGUAGGGGAGAGUGGGCAGCGAAAUCCAGUAUUUCUGUAAAACUGCUAAAAAUACUGGUUUCACACUUUCGGUUCAGUGUACCAAAUUUGUGAUUCGAAGUUUGGGUGAAGUCAUUUGCCAUAAAUGUAAUUUCCACAGGCUACAUGAGACAGCCCUUGCAGACAUAAAAGUACAAUAAGGUUGGCUUAAGCACUGGGCCAGGAGCUGUCCGAUGCCCUUCGCCCGCGUUGCUCUCCCGGGCAGAUGCGCUUCCCCCCCAGACCUCAGAGGGCGCUGUGGGCGUAAUCUGCCGCAUGGCUGGCGGCGUCCGGGGGAGGAGCCUCUCCCGCAGCCGCGGCCGCCUCCGCGAUCUCAAACCCGGAAGACACAUUCUGGCAGCUGGGAGCGUGCGCCGGCCCGGCCCGGCCAUGCAGACCCUGGAGGUAGGUCCGGUUCCCGCUCCAACGAGGGAGCCGAGACUGACCCGCUGGCUACGGAGAGGCAGUGGGAUCUUGGCGCAUCUGGUAGCUUUGGGCUUCACCAUCUUUCUGACUGUGCUGUCCCGGCCGGGAACCAGUCUUUUCUCCUGGCACCCUGUAUUCAUGGCCUUGGCGUUCUGCCUCUGCAUGGCUGAGGCCAUCCUGCUCUUCUCACCCGAGCACUCCCUGUUCUUCUUCUGCUCCAGAAAGGCCCGGAUCGGACUCCACUGGGUGGGGCAGACCCUAGCCGUCCUCUGUGCAGCCCUGGGCUUGGGCUUCAUCAUCUCCAGCAAGACCCGCAGUGAGCUGCCCCACCUGGUGUCCUGGCACAGCUGGGUAGGGGCUCUAACACUGCUGGCCACUGUUGGUCAGGCGCUGUGUGGGCUCUGCCUCCUCUUUCCCCGGGCAGCCAGGGUCUCAAGGGUGGCCCGCCUCAAGCUCUACCAUCUGACGUGUGGACUCGUGGUCUACCUGAUCGCUACGGUGACGGUGCUCCUGGGAAUGUACUCAGUGUGGUUCCAGGCCCAGAUCAAAGGUGCAGCCUGGUACCUGUGCCUGGCGUUGCCCCUCUAUCCAGCGCUGGUGAUCAUGCACCAGAUCUCCAGUGCCUACUUGCCAAGGAAGAAAAUAGAAAUGUGAGUUUCUCCAAACUCUGAAUCUAGAUGGGACACCUGACUUGGACUUCAGCGGUUCCCUUGGAGAACUUCAAGGGAUCCACUUCAAAAGUGGUAGGGUUUUUGUCCUUCUUGGCUGGGCCAGGGGCUGCAGAAACCCACACUGCUAUUGCUGAUGAUAACUCAGUGGGCCGAAAUGGGGAGAUGUACUGGGUGCAAGGGUUAUAGGGAGCUUGAUCCUGAAGCCUCUACUCUUGAUGGGAGAGAGAAGGGUGGGGUGGCAGUGGUGAUGGUGUUUCGGUCAUUUUUUGCUUGCAUGCCUGAUGAAGAGUAGGGUCUUUUUUUUUGUAACAUACGAAUGGCAGCUGUGGCUCUCUGGGUCACUUUUGAGAAAGCAGUGUAGUGGACAAAGCCAAUGGGUCUUAUUUAUGGGUUAUGGUCCUAGUAGGCUCUAUUUUGUGACCUUAGGCAAGUCAUAUGUCUCAGGACCUGAGUUUCUUCAACUGUGUAAUGAAUGAGUGUUUCUAAACAAUUUCUAACAUUCCGCAUCUGUGAGGUUGAUGUCACAGAACACCCUCCCAGCUCUGGAUAAUGGGCUGGACUGCUCAGCAAACUCAGGAUGUAAUUCUUACAUUCAUUAUCCCCUUGCGCCUCCGGAGGGACAGGUCUGCCCUUGUGGCCUGUCAGGAAUCUGCUGAUUUGGCCCCUGGACCAGGGCACAAGGGGUCAAGCACUGUGGAGAGAAGGGGCCCAGGUGAGGGUCUCCUGAACUCUUAAGAAGUAAAGGCACUAAAGUCACUUUAAAGCUUUGGAAGGAGCCAAAGGGCCUUGGCCUACCCAAGCCUUUGGCUCCUGGCUGGGCUUCUUGGCCCAGCUAAGAUCUUCCUUCGGCCCCCCUCGGGAUCUGGGCCUGAAGGCUGCAGCCCAUGGGUGUGCUCCUUCCCCUGACAUCCAUUCUCAAUGGCAAAGUCGUCCUGAGUAUCUCAUGUUUUGCCCUUGGGGCUCAGGUUCUUGCCUUAGCACAUAGCUUCGUGGAGCUCUCGUGAAGCAUCGUGAACAAAGCAGGAGCCAAGGAAGUGGGGCAGGGCUCUUUUGAUCUAGGGCAAACAGUCUCCCUGGUCCCUUUUCUUCCCUUGUCAGCUGAGCUUCCUCACUUGUUGUCUCUUGCCAGCUCUUUGGCCCAGGAUGGGGCCGAGUUUGGUGCUAGCUGGCAAAUGAGGGCCAGGCCCUCCUCCCCGCAGAGACCCCUUCCUUCUUCCAAACCGAAAGUAGUUCCCCAGACUGCCCUCAGCAGUGAGGGCUGGAUGCCAGGCUGGUUAACUGUGAUCUGGCUCACUUGGCGAGAUGGGACCUCUGUAGAUCAUGGCAAGGAUGGAAGAUGGCCAACCAAGAGAGCUGGUGUUGAGGCAGGUGGGAAGAGCUCAGUGGGCCUCUGGGAGGCCUGGGGUGUAGGGGCUGGAGUUCCAGGUCCUGGGAGCAGGGAUAGGCAUGCCUUGACAGCAGAGUUUUAGAUGUCUCAGGUCUUUUGAAGAUUCGAGACCUCCUCUCUGAGUGGCAGAGAAACAAGAAGUUUGGUGUGAUUCAACAGUACAGGAAGGGGGACUGCCAGGGCAGAGGCGUCCUCUGACUGGACUCACUGGGCUCCUCUUUGGUCGGAUGGCAUCUCCCUGCACCUCUCUAGACCCUGAACAUCUAAAGGGGACCUUGCUGUUCCUGUCUCUCAUUGCCCCCUCUCCCCUCUCAAACUACCCAGUGCGGUCUGUACUCGGGGCUGCAUGGAUCAGAUUCUCACCUGCGGUCGCUUUGAUCAGGGAUUCCAUUUCCUCUCUGCCAGCGCUGGGAGUCUCACCCUGCCUGCGGCAGGGAGAGAGGGCUGGGUAAGGUUCACCAGCUUGCUCUGAGAGCCAAACAGGCAACGCCAGAAAGCCUGCCUGAGGUGCUGCCUCCUCCCAGGUGGUGCGGGGGCUGGCGGGCGGGCAGGCUGGCUGGCAGCCUGCAGUUUGCGUGGGCUGUGCCAGCUGAUGUCUAUUCCCAGCCCUGGGAGGAAGGGAGAAGUCAUUUAUAUUCCACAGGAGGAAGGGGCCGCAGCUGUCACCUCUCUGACCAGUAGGGCAGGGGCACAAGGCAGAGAGGGGUGCACAGGGGGUUUCCUGUUUAACCGUCUGACUGCAGUAUAGGGAGUAGGUCACCAGGAGGAGCCCUUCUUCCCGGCUGGCCAGAUUUGGGGGGAGCCUUCCCUCCCCUCCCCUCUUUGCAUUUCUUCCACCGUCACCACCUGCCCUCACAUCCUGGGGCAGCAGCUGGACAGCCAUUAGGUCUCAGUGCCAGGGUACUCUUCUUCCAGCUGGGACCUUGGUGGCUGCUGGCUGCAUAUGGCUCCUGCUUGUGUGUUUCCUCCUCCCACCAGGCUCUCUUCCUCUCACCUCCCAUGGGGGUAUUAGCUGGGCACCUCAGCAAUGAGGCAGAGGCCUUAGGGGAGAAGCAAACGGCUGCCCUUUUGCCCUUGUCCCCUGAUUAAAGAAAGCUGCUAGUAGUCAGCCUGUUUUUGUUGCCUUUUUUAAAAAAAAAGCCAGGGUGCUCAAAUUAAAAAAAAAAAGCGAGUCAUUUGCACAAAUUUGCAUAUCAGGCUCACUAAAUCCUGAUUCCAAAUACGAUUAUAUUCAAACUCAACCUUGAGGACAUUAGGAAUAUAGAAGGUUUUGGGAUCUAAAUGCAGAUGGUAAUAGGAUUACUGUUCUGAGUUCAGAUGCCCCCACCCCUGGUCCCCAUCUUUCCCAGAACCACCCCUCGCCUUGAGUCUCAUCAUGGCUGGGGGUGGUGUCGAAUGGCACAAGUCUCCCAGCCUCACCUUAGCUCUCCAGCUGCAUUGAAGGUAGGCUGCUGUCUCUUGCCAGCUUGUGCCUCCUCUAUACCCUCUGACAGUGGCCUGUACCUUCUUUCUUACUGUCCCCACCCUUCCACCUCUGUACAUGGCUGCCAUGAGUCUUGUCUUUAAAACCUCGCUGUGGGAGACCUGAGCAUCUUCCCUGAGCCAGUUGGCUCUGUGCCAAAACCUGUUCAGAGUUAAUAAUGAUCAUUAGCUGAACAGCGCUGGGCCUUUCAGCUCCAGGCCUCUAAGCCCUUGUAGGCUGAGUCAGCCAGCCCUCACGUCCUCCUCUUCCUGGGCUGCAGAGUGUCACAGAUGAGGGGCAGUAUGGGAGGGAGGAAGGGUCAAGGGUUUCACCUCCCAGCCAUGGCUCGAGGCGUCUUUCUUCUGAGAAUGUGUCCCAAGAGUCCUCUGAAUAAACGAAUAAGGCCUUUUUACCUGACAAAGGUGAAGACAUAGGGAACACUGUGUGCUCCCUGUCAUUCGUAGUGGCAGUAGUGGUUGUUGACCCUGACUCUCUUAUACUCCUGCCCUUCCUUCUGUUUACCCGUCCUGGCCUCCAGAGGACACCCCGUCCUGGUGCCUGACCUCGGCCUUCCCUGUGGUCCUCUACAGGCCUAGGGAGCAGAGAAGCUCUCGCCUCUGUGUCUGGUUGGCAUAAAGAGACUGUGCGUCAUGAUGAACAGUGUGUUGACCUGGGAACUAGGAAACCUGCAGUGCGGGUUUACCCGGCCCCUGACACUGAUGUGGCGGUGAGCAAAUCCCUUACCGCUCCUACCUCACAGGGAUGUUGUGAGGAUGACUGUGCAUGUCAACCGGCAUUGGAAAGUUCAAAGCAUUAAACACAUGGAAACAG